AUGACGGCGAGCGGCUGCGCUGCAACCAGCUGGCGGUUUGAGCCUGACGGCUACCUCAGGGCCAUCCUCACGGCGCGCGUGUACGAUGUCGCGGUGAUCACUCCCCUGGAGCGCGCCGUGAAGCUGAGUGACGCGCUGGGCAGCAGCAUCCUGCUGAAGCGCGAGGACCUGCAGCCGGUGUUCAGCUUCAAGCUGCGGGGCGCGUACAACAAGAUGGCCAAGCUCACGCAGGAGCAGCUGGACCGCGGCGUCAUCACCAGCAGCGCUGGGAACCACGCACAGGGCGUGGCGCUGUCGGCCCAGAAGCUGGGGUGCAAGGCCGUCAUCUGCAUGCCGGUGACAACUCCUGACAUCAAGGUGGCAAAUGUGCGGCGGCUGGGUGGCACGGUGGAGCUGGUAGGGGAGACCUACCAAGAGGCGCAGGCGCACGCACUGCAGCGCGCCGUGGCUGAGGGCCUCACGUUUGUUGCGCCGUACGACGACCCCUACACCAUUGCGGGUCAAGGCACCAUCGGGGACGAAAUCCUGCGGCAGAUUGGCAACCCUGCCCAGCUUGACGCCAUCUUUGUGGCGGUGGGUGGUGGCGGCCUGAUUGCCGGCAUAGCCGCCUAUGUCAAGGCCCUGCAGCCACAUGUCAAGGUGAUCGGCGUUGAGCCCGCUGGUGCCAACGCGAUGGCCAUGUCCCUGGAAAAGGGGGCGCGCGUGACGCUGUCAAAGGUCGACGGCUUCGCGGAUGGCGUCGCGGUGAAGCACGUUGGUGCCGAGACGUUCCGCAUGGCCCGCGACCUGGUGGACGGCGUCGUGCUGGUGGACAACGCCGCCAUCUCCGCCGCCAUCAAGGACGUCUUCAACGAGACGCGCUCCAUCCUGGAGCCAGCGGGGGCUGUCGCGGUGGCUGGCGCCAAGGCGUGGCUCAAGGCCAGCGGGUCCCAGGGCCGCACAGUGGUGGCGGUGACGUCUGGCGCCAACAUCAAUUUUGAGCGGCUGAGGCUGGUUGCUGAGCUGGCGGACCUGGGCAGCAGCACAGAGGGCCCGCUCGCAGCAGGUGUGCGCCUGGGGACGUGCAGCGUACCGUCGUGGGCCCCCUAUUGCGCCUAA